UUGACGAGGAAAUUUUUACCUCGUGAGAGGCCAAAGAAAAAGACGGUAAUAGUGAUGUUUUAUUCUUUACAAUUGUUCGUCGAUUGAAUUUUGAAGAACAGACCAACAAUGUAAACAUGUGCUGAUCUUGUUAGUGAAGCGGGAGCGAUAGAAAGAGAGUAUGGAUGCAGAGAGUGGGGGGUCAGCCCCCAUGGAUGUUGGAGGAGACCAUGCACUUGCUGACCUGCACGGUCUUGACUUUGAGUUUGUCACCUCUACAGAGAAUGAGAAUAUCUGGUGUGAUCAAUGCAAGGUUCUCAAACAGGAACUCCAAAAACUGCAACAAGAACAUUCCCUGAAUUAUAGCACUUUGAAGAAGAAGGUCAUCUCUACUGACUUGUUGAUCAAGAAGUACAAAGCAAAGUGUGAAGAUCAUGACGCACAAAGCAAGACAGUGGAAGACACGAGUAAGAAGUUGGAGCAAGUACAAAGGGAGUCCAGCACACUCAAUGUUCAACUGACCAGUUCACUGCAGCAAAUUGAACCACUGAAAAAGGCGAAAAAUGCCCUUGAGCUUGAGUUGAGACAGAAAGUGAAGGAGAUUCAAACGUUACAGGACAAACUGACCGCAUCUGUGGCUGUCACGAAACAGUAUGAGUCCCUGGCCAAAUCAUCGACUAGUGAGAAAGAUAAGACAGAGGAGGAAAGGAAAACCAACUCUAAACGACUAAAGGAACUUCAGGCCAGCUUAAACAAACAAGAGCAACUGAUGUCUAAACUAAAAGAUGAGAACAAGACACUGAAAGCAGAGCAUCUGGAGACAGUGAAAAAACAGAGGAAACUACAACACAGACUGAAAGUCUCCGUGGAGAGGUUUGACAAAUACUGGGCAAUACUGAAGGAACAUGACUUGUUACCCAAGGGAGAGAAGCGACUGAGAACAGCUUCAUACUUGGAUUCUGAUGAGUCAGACUUGGAAGAGCUUGAAGAAAAUGAAGUAUCACAUGGAUUUGUCGGUUGCCACAACAUGUUGAAGGAGACAGGACCUGGGGAGGAGGACAAGGACAGUGACGAGGAGUCACUUCUGUGGACCUUCAGUCCCAUUGUACACGCCCUGUCUCCCCUACCUCCAUCUCCGGCUCCACCCAGACAGUGUGACUCGCCUGUGGAUGGUUUGUCCCAGAGUGAUGAAGACGACCAGCUAGCCAAACAACUGGAGGCUGAACUCCUACAACCUAACAGGAAAAAGUUUCAAAAACAUAUUAAAAAUCAAGUAAAAGGCAGGACAGAUUCUUCCAUCAUGAAGAAAUCUGUUGAAGGGAGAUUACUGCGUCGACAAUCAGCAACAGUUAGGGAUAGCGAGUCACAUUUAUCUGACGAAGAAAAGUUGGAUGAGACUCUGGUACCAGAGUCUAAAAAACUUCAAGUCCUCAAAGACGAUUCAACCUGUAGUCUCAGCAAGGAGGAGGAUUUGGUUCGGACAUCAGACACUGCCAUCCAUACCUCGCCGGAGGAAGAGCAAAGUGAAGAAAUCAUUAGUCCAGGAAGACGGAGAGUUUCAAGUCGGAUUGAUUCCAACAGUGAUAGUGACACUGACGUAAAUUCAACAAAAAAAGAUUCUGAUAGAAAAAAGUCACAGGACCUACAGGAAAAGUCACCCAUAAACAGAACAUCCACUCAGGUAAAGGAACAAGUCAAUUUUAGCAAGAAAAAUGCAGCAAGAUAUUCUCUCCGAAGGUCACCUCGAUGUGAGGACGUGAUCCCCUUGGGGAAGAGGCUCACAAGGUCAAUGAGCUCCCCUCUGAAGGUCAGCCCCAAGGGAAGUAACUCCAUCAGGAGACACAGUCCUAGACUUUCAUUAAGUAGUGAAAUGGAUUGUUCAAAACAGGAAGAAGGUUCAACAAAAGAUCAGUCUGGUGUAAGUGUUACCCUAAGUAGUCAUAAAGGAAACAUUAAAACAAAGUUGGACCUAGAAAAAUUAAGGAGGGAUUAUAAAGCAAUGCAGUGUUCUCAAAUAAUUAAAAAUACUGCUGAAGAUGAUGUCAACUCACAAUUAUACAGACGUUCAAAAUCAAAAACUAUCUUGCCUACAUCUGGUGCUAAAGGAAGGAAAAAUGUAGCCACUGCUGAUAAUGUUUGUGUAGAUAUAAAACCACCCUCUAGUACCUCUGUCAUUGAAAGUUGUAAACAAGGUGAAAAUAAGGAAGGAAUUGUCUUAAAUAAUGAAGUUGAAAAAGAGGAGAAUAAAAAAAAUAGUGAAGCUGGCAGAACUGAGAGACAAAGUGAUGUACUGAAAGGUACAAGGGGACAAAACUGUGUCACAGAAGGAACAGCAAAACAAAGUGAUGAACUGGAAGGUACAAAGGGACAAAACCAUGAUGUACUGGAAGGUACAAAGGGACAAAACCAUGAUACAGAUAAAACAGCAAGACAAAGUGAUGUACUGGAAGGUACAAAGGGACAAAACCAUGAUACAGAUAAAACAGCAAGACAAAGUGAUGUACUGGAAGGUACAAAGGGACAAAACCAUGGUACAGAAGUAACAGCAAAACAAAGUUAUGUACUGGAAGGUACAAAGGGACAAAACCAUGAUACAGAAGUAACAGCAAAACAAAGUGAAAGCUCCAAAGGACCAAGUGAUAAAUUGGAGGGGCAAAGUGAUUGUACAGAAAAAGUAAGCGACAACUUAAGAAAAAGUGAUGAAACAGAUAAAAAGAAAGAGAGAAGUGAUCUAACAGAAGUAAAAAGUGAUAUAAAGAUAAAUGGAGAAACAGAAUCUAGUCAAAGUAAAACACUUGUUGACGGAAAUGGUAGCCUAUUAGGCGUACCUGGUGUCAAUGAUGUAGAGGGCGAUGCAGGAAUUGAUGAAACACAGAGGGGCAUCAUGUCCCGUCAGUCAAGCACAGGAUUCAUUCUAAAACCUUCGUUCUCAAUUGACAGCAUGACGGAUCAGAAUCUUACUCCUCCACAAACUCCUAGUCCCAGGUCUAAGUCGUCUGGAAGCUUAGCAUUUGGAGAAGUAACUUUAGAAAUGCAUUCCUCCGAGUCAGCUUUGUCUUCCAUUUCAAAACUUUCUGAAGGUGCUGCGAUUGAUGAAUUAAGAUGCAAUACAGAAACUAUUGGAAAUGAAUGCAAGUCCGAAAUGGAAACUAUUGAUCAAACUAAGCAAGUCAACAAAAUCUCAAAGACGAAAAGUGUGGAAAAAUAUAGUGAAAAUACUGGAGAAGAUUAUUCCUUAGUCAAAAACAGUUUUCUUCAUAAGGGAGACAGUGUGGAAUCUUGUGGUGAUAACAUGACCGCCGAAAAUUAUCUCAGCAAACCAUCUACAUCUACCGACACAGAACUGUCAUUACCAGUGUACAUUCCAUUCUCAUCUCAACCCCAUUCUAGUCAAAACCCACCACCUAGUGUUACCUCGAGCACGGUUAUCUCCCCUGAAAUGUCUUCUCUGUCGGAAGAUGGCAGCAUUAUGUCAGAACCUAUUCAGAUAAGUCAUAGUUCAUCAUCAUCAUUAGUCACUGCAUCUCCUGUCUCUCCUUUACCUCCUUCCCCUAUAGAUUUUAUUAUCCCCUUUGCCUUGUCCCCCCUUCCCCCCUCCCCUAUGCAUGAGCAAGAUCCAUUGUCUCCCCUACCUGGGUCCCCAUGGGAAGGGGAUACAGAAUAUACUCCCCUUGUUCGAUUUUCUAUACGUGAGCCUUCCUCUGAAAAUAGUAGCGAGAAUACUCCUGUAGUUACACCUGUACCAAACUUCCUUGCUGCCAAGUCAGAAUCACCGACCCCCGGGACAAGUGCUCCUGCAGGGGAGAAGGCUGGAGAUGCCUUGUGUAGCUUCCAUGCUGAGGCCCCCGCUGGUGCUAUAUAUGUGAAGCCAAAAGUAGUUUCUAACAAACGUAGCAGUGAUCUAGAUGAUGCACUUCAUUCCAAACCCAAGGUUACCAGGACAGAUGUGAAGCAGGUGACAGUAAAACCCAGAGGUGAAAAGACAGCAGCAAAGAGAAAAAGUACAAGCAAGCUACCAUGUCUUGUGUCAGCGGAGAAAAAACUGUGUACAGACAUAAAGGCAGAUGGUCACCAACCUGAAACGCAGAUAUCACAAGGGUCAAAGAGGUCACAGAAGUCACCAGAGAUCAGUGCUAUAUUGUUAAAUGUGGUACAGAUGGUGAUGGAGCAAUACGUUGAUUCCCCAGAAGUGUCGACAUCCAAGGCAGUAGAGUCUCUAUUGGCCACAGACAAGGAUGAGGUUGUUGUUCUGUCUGCUUGGAUACACUGGCUUGUACAGCAUCUGCUGCACUCCACUGUGGACAGUUUAACCCUCCUCAAGCCAGUCUACGAUAGUGACCAGAAACCUACGUCUUACAAGUGUCCAUUUCUAGCUGAACAGGAGGCCAGGUUGCUGCAGUUUUACUCAGAAUUACAGCAGAGGAGAUUGUUGGAUGACUUGAAGCAGAAGCUUCUGGAUUCCAUAUGGUGUUCUCUCAGUCUCUCUAACCUCCUACCUGUGACAGGAGCUUCAGCUCUGAGUCGGAUGUACACAGGCGUAUGUAGACUAGACGGUGACGUGGAGUGUGUGCGGGUGAUGGUGUUCAAGCUACUCGUGUCCACCAGUCUUCCCUUCCACAGUCUGGGCGUCGCCAUCGCAGGGGUGUGGCCCGUGGUCCUGUACAAGGCCAACAAAGAUCCUCACUCAGUAGUGACAGUGAUAGAACAAAGAAUCACCCGUACACUGAACACCGGUAAACAGGACGAUGAAAAGAUACUGGAGUGUUACCACCGCCUCUGUAACUGGUGUCGUGUCACUUCCGACAGUCAAAUAUUGUCAAAACAGCUCCUUUUAGCCAUGAGUGCAGAAACCAGGGCAACCAAACCUUGCCAAGACAAGAUAUUCUCACUGAUGCGCAGUCUGGAGCUCCUUUUUGUGAUGGAACCUAUGGAGUUUUUCUUGAUCCAUGGUGGUUUGAACUAUGUCUGCCAGAAAUGUACAAAACCUAGAAAAGUGAAGGUUGGAGACUGCCGCGAACAGAACUUUGAUCCAGAGUAUUCCAAGUGUGUCUUCAGGCUGCUUGGUUGUGUAUUACCCAAGAAACGUGAUGCCAGGAUAAAAAACAUCAACCAAGCUGUAAAAAACUUACAGAAGGUUUUGAAAUCUGAUGUUUGUGUGGAUGUAAAGCACUGUGUGGUGGAGACGUUACUAGAACUCUGUGUCCUCACUCCCAAUCUCACCCUGAACGUCCUCCGGGACUGGUACGACACUUACAAAUCACACGUACCUCGCUCUCUGCGGCAAAAGAUCAUCUGGACAAGGGAGACAAUGCUGAAGAAAUACCCAGUGCUAAAGUGCCCACCUUUCAGGUGAUUUGGCUACAUCAAGGGACUGUG